AUGGCUCACGAGGUUCAUAGAAUAAAACCUAAACUAGGACGGACCCAAAUAUUUUGGGUUUUUCUAGCCUUUAGAGUACUGAAUGCAGUUCUGACGAGAACCUUCUUUCAGGCUGAUGAGUUUUGGCAAGCAUUGGAGCCGGCACAUUGGAAGGCUUUCAAGUAUGGUGAACUGACUUGGGAAUGGAAAUUCGGAGUUCGUAGCUAUUUAUUUCCGAUGAUUUUUGAGCUGACUUAUAGAUUGGUUUCUCUAUCGUCAAUCCUUCUUCACUAUGCACUUCUUCUUCUCUCAACGAUAGGGUCUGAUUUAUUAAUUUUACUACUGCCGAAAUAUGAGUUAAGUUGGCAAGUCGCUGAAGACUUGAAGAGGCUUCCUUUUGAUGUCACACGGUCGUUCGAAUAUUAUGGUGUGAUAUAUGCGCCAAAAAUAGUUAUGGCAGUACUAGCUUCCAUAGGGGAAUAUUAUAUCGUAAGAUUUGUUCAAAAGCUCUAUUUACUUACACUUGAUAAGAGAAACGAGAAGGAGGAAGAGGAGAGACGCAGCGGUUUAUCCGAGAUUACGAAGUUUGCACUGCUUUUAAGUUUAACUAAUUUUUUUAAUUGCUUUUUUAUUACAAGAACGUUCAUCAACUCUUUUGAAAUGAUUUUAACUUCUAUUGCCCUCUACUACUGGGACUGGACAGGCGGACAAAUGAUAAAAGAGUCAUCUUUUACUAAGUCGCUUAUUUUUGCAUUUCUGGCAUGUUUGCAAAGACCCAGCAGUGGACUUAUUUGGGUAAUUCCCAGCAUUUCCCUAAUAUUAAACUUGGUAGGCAAAAAGCAGUAUCAUUUACUUUUCAUCACAUUUUCCAAAGUUUUACGGUCUUUUUUUCUGGUAUUUACUGCAAAUGCAAUUAUCGACAUGUAUUUUUAUGAAAAAGUAACGUUUCCCUUUUUCCGAUUUCUAAAAUUCAAUUUCACAACACCAUUAUCAAAGUUUUAUGGGGUAGCUCCUUGGCAUUUUCAUUUCUUUCAAAGCUUACCUAUCGUAUUAGGUGCAAGUAUUCCCGCUUUUGCAUUUGGAUUAUUUUUUCCACUAAGCAAAAGGAGUUUCCCAAAGAAGUAUUUAAACCCGUUUUUCCAAGUGAAACUCACUAUCUUGUUGAAUCUGUUGGUGUACUCUACGUUACCUCAUAAGGAAUUUAGGUUCAUCUUCCCAUUACAGCCACUUUUCAUAUUAAUAUCAUCAUUUGGCCUUUUGAGACUUGAUAGAGAUUAUUGGAAAAGACUAUCUGGCCUAAAAUCUUUACUCUGGCUUGUUCCAUUCGUGUCGGUGUUCAUCGCAUUACUUUUGGACACAUUCCACGAAUCUGGAUCUAUCGAAGUUAUGAAAUUUUUACAUGAAGAGCCAGAAAUAGAUAGUUUGGGAUUCAUAAUGCCCUGUCAUUCGACACCUGGUCAAAGCUAUUUACACCGCAGUGACAUUCAAGAUCUGUGGUCGAUUACUUGUAACCCUCCAUUGCAUUUACUUGGAGACCCAGAGGCUUACUCCAAACUAGAGACCUACAUGGAUGAAAGUGACCAUUUGUAUGACGAUAUAUCGGCAUUCAUUUACAAAAAUUUCCCACCGCCUUUUCGUAAGGAUCUAAGGAGUCCAGGUAAAACAUACAGCCACGAAUGGCCAACAUAUUUGGUUGUUUUCGAGCACAUGGAAAACGCAUUUCUAAAGGAUUUCCUGAAAGAUUCAUCAUACAUUGAAUACAAUAGAUUCUUCAACUCUCUUGCGCACUGGGAUUCAAGAAGAUCAGGAGACAUAAUAAUUUAUUAUAAAUUACCAUUCGAUUAUAGCGAUAUUCCAGCGGCAGAUAUUUAA